AUUAGAAUAUGUCAAAACUACUUUUAGUUGCAUAUUUGCACGCAAUUUGUGUACUCGCUUUAAAUGGAUAUUUAUAAUAAUUUACUAUUGAAACCAGUAUAUUAUAAAGGGUUUAUGGUUUUGAUAUUCGGAGUAACAUGAAUAUAGCCAUCAUUAUUUAAUCUUUCUAGGCACAUUUGAAAUUAUCAUAAGAAGCUGGUAAAAAGGAAAUAUUAUGGAAAUAGGUAGAAUUCGUGCAUCAUUUAUUUCUUCAGCAUUUGCAGUCAUGUUGAUUUUGGUACUUCAAACAUACUUCUGGGAUCGUCUUCCAUUUGGAACAUCAGUUGUGUUAACGUCGCAAUAUUCCGUGCACGUGCAUGACCAUACUCAAACAGUGGUAACUAAUAAAAUGAAACAUUCAGGAUAUGGAACUAGAACAAGUAUUGUAAAAGAGUCUAUAAAUGAAAUCAAUAGUCAAAUAUCGAAAUAUAAUGGAAGCGCAAAUGCUUCUCAAGCACAAAAACUUCAAUAUAUACCUAAGCAAAGAAAACUGCGAAUAGCGCUUUACCAUGUGUAUCAUGGAAUAAUUAAGCGUCACAUGAGAAGUUUAAAUAUGUCCAGUUGUUUCCAUUAUCAAAACUGUGAAGUUGUAUAUAUCACAGCUUUAACUUCAGAAACCCUAGAUGCAGACGCUGUACUUAUUCAAGGAAACAAUGUACCAGGACAGCUCCCGAAACAUAGAGAUGUAGACCAAGUUUUCUUAUUUGUAACCAUAGAAUCGCCGGUAUAUCUGCGUAUCACCAACGUUGGUAACGAAAGAUUCCAUAAUUAUUUUAACUGGACCAUGACUUAUAGAAUGGACUCUGAUAUUCCAUACGUUUAUGGUUCUGUUAUUCCAAAUAAAGUAGAUAAAAACUAUGUCAUUCAGAGCAUAGAAAUUAACAAUAACUUUAGAAAUAUAGGUAUGAAUGCGUCUCUAGACGAGAAGGUAAUUAGUAAUUAUAAUGGCGACGUUAAUAAGAAUUAUAGUGAUAUAUUCCGUCAGAAGACAGAAACUGCACUUUGGUUUGUAAACCAUUGUAGGACAUCGAGCAAACGUGAGGUGUAUGCCAGUGAAUUAGCGAAAUAUACCAAUGUUACUAAAGUCGGAAAGUGUAACAUGAACAGGUCGUCUUCAUGUCCAAAACGGGGGAAUUGUACCACUGUUUUGGCUAAGAAAUACAAAUUCUAUUUAGCAUUUGAAAAUUCCUUAUGCACUGACUACAUAACGGAAAAGGCCUUUCUGUGGUUCACAAGAGAUAUUGUUAUUGUUGUUCGAGGUGCUACUCAUUAUGAGAAAUAUCUUCCGAAAGGCACAUUUAUAGAUACCAAUGCGUUCAAAUCAGCAAAAGAACUUGCACAACAUCUGAACAAAGUGGGUGCAAACGAAGAAGAAUAUACUAAAAUUCUAAAGCUGAAGGAUCAUUAUACUGUCAUAAAAGAACGAGAACACGCUCAAAUAUCGUAUUGUAACUUGUGUUAUAAAUUAAACAAUCUCAACCAAUAUCGAAAAUCCAUCGCAAAUGUAGAUGAUUGGUGGACUAAAAAUGCUUGUGACAUAAGAUAACCAUAUCAAAGUUUGAACUUAAGUUUGGCAAAACCUAAAUUCUCUCUCAGCAUUUUAUUUCAAUGUUGGAUAGACGAAUCUAUGUUUUUUUCACAUAUUAGUUGUACCUGUGAUCAUUUAUGUAAUAUAUCAUUUCAAGACGGCUGUUCA